AUGGAGAAAAGCUUGAUACCGGCCUGGAUCCUGGUUCUCACCACGGCCAUUGCACUCGCUCCUUCCCUAUGCUAUUACAACGAUGACAGGCCAUAUGUUCCGCCCCCACAAAAACAAACCUAUCUCCACUUUUUUUUACACGACACCUUCAGCGGCGACUACCCUAGUGCGGUCUUCGUAGCAGAUCCUAACACGACGACUGCCUUCGGUCAGGUGACAGCGGUCGAUGAUCCGCUCACCAUCGGCCCAAACAUAACGUCAGAGGUAAUUGGAAAUGCUCGAGGUCUAUGGGUGUUGAGUGCCCAAGACGCUGCAACUCUUAUGGUCUACAUGGACUUUGAGUUUACGCUAGGUGAAUUCAAUGGCAGCUCCAUCAGUGUAUUUUCGAGGAAUCCGAUCAUUGAACUGGAGCGCGAGCUCGCGGUGGUCGGAGGGAGAGAAAAGUUUAGGAUGGCACAAGGAUUUGCACGACUUAAAACUUACUUCGCGAAUUUCAGGAACGGCGAUGUCAUCGUUGAGUAUAAUGUGACUGUAAUUCAUUAUUAA